AAGAGGGUGGAGGUGAAGGUGGUGGUGGCGGUGGUGGUGGUGGAGGAGAAGGAGGAGGAGGAGGUGAGGAGCUUUGAUGGCAGUAGUUGGGCCCAGCCGGCACUCGCGGGUGUCCAUGAGCGUGUCUAUGUCGCUGAUGCAGGGGGGCGGGGCGGGGACGACAGGUGGAGGCGGGACGACGGGGCCCGGGGCCCAUCCGGGCCAGGCGGUACUCGCGGCCGCCGCCGCUGCCGCCGCCGCCGCGGCGACUCAGCCGACCCCCACCUAUUAUCAUCCCGCUGCACCCGCGCCACCCCCACCACCACCGCCCGCGCAGGAUCCCGUCCAACCCGACAGACCCAUCGGCUACGGCGCCUUCGGUGUUGUCUGGGCUGUCACGGAUCCGAGGGAUGGUAGGAGAGUGGCCUUAAAGAAACUGCCGAAUGUCUUUCAAAGUCUCGUCAGCAGCAAGCGCGUUUUCAGAGAACUGAAGAUGCUUUGUUUCUUCAAACACGAAAACGUUCUCUCGGCCCUGGAUAUCUUACAACCGCCGCAUCUCGACUUCUUCCAAGAAAUAUAUGUGAUCACGGAGCUACUCCAAAGCGAUCUUCACAAGAUCAUCGUCAGCCCGCAGCACCUAAGCCCGGAUCACAUCAAGGUCUUCCUUUAUCAAAUCCUUCGAGGUUUGAAGUAUCUUCACUCAGCCAGAAUUCUCCAUAGAGAUAUCAAGCCAGGGAAUCUUUUAGUGAACAGCAAUUGCGUCUUAAAAAUCUGUGAUUUUGGAUUGGCACGCGUGGAAGAGCCCGACCAGAACAAGCACAUGACUCAGGAAGUGGUAACGCAGUAUUAUCGUGCCCCGGAAAUUCUAAUGGGUGCACGACAUUAUACCGCAGCCGUCGAUGUAUGGAGCGUCGGUUGCAUUUUCGGCGAGCUUCUUCGACGACGAAUUCUCUUUCAAGCUCAGAGUCCUGUGCAACAGUUGGAAUUGAUCACGGAACUGCUAGGCACCCCAACCCUCGAGGACAUGAGGUACGCUUGCGAGGGUGCAAGGACUCACAUGCUGAGGCGUGCACCGAAACCACCCUCGUUGACGGCUCUCUAUACCCUCAGCAGCCAGGCGACGCACGAGGCCGUCCAUUUGCUCUGCCAGAUGCUAGUCUUCGAUCCUGACAAGAGGAUCACCGUGGUGGAUGCCCUGGCGCAUCCUUAUCUGGACGAGGGAAGACUCAGAUAUCACUCGUGCAUGUGCACGUGUUGCUACACAACGAGUGCUGGGAUGAGACAGUACACUGGGGAUUUCGAGCCAGCGACUACUCAUCCCUUCGACGAUCUCUGGGAGCGAAAACUGACGAGCGUGCAGCAGGUGAAAGAGGAAAUGCACAAAUUUAUAGCGGAGCAGCUGAAUACGUCGCGCGUGCCGCUCUGCAUAAAUCCGCAGUCCGCGGCAUUCAAGAGUUUCGCAAGCUCAACGGUGGCCCACCCUUCGGAACUGCCACCCUCUCCUCACCAAUGGGAAUAAAUCUUCUCCGUGGAAUAAGAAAGAGACACACAAAAAAAAACACAAACAAAGAAUGAAUGAGCGAUAGAAAGAAAGAUAGAAAAAAAGAGUGUAUGCGUGUGUAUGUGUGUGUGUAUGUGUGAGAGAGAGAGAGAGAGAGAGAGAGAGAGAGAGAGAGAGAGAGAGAGAGAGAGACAGAGAAAAUAAGAAAGAGAGAAAUAGAGAGGACAUGUAACUCACAAGAAUGGACCGUGUUUCCCGGUAUUCCUUAGACGUAUUCUCGUUUUUACGUCGUCAUUUGGACGAUCUUUUCGAAAGAAAAAGAGAAGCGAGUUUAUACUUAUCCGGGAAGACAAAACAAGAAGGAAGAAGGAAGAAACGGAGAAGAUGACAGAAAAUAAGAAGAAAGGGUGGGGGGGAGAGAGAGAGAGAGAGAGAAAGAGAGAAAGAGAAUGAAAAAUAGCGAAGAAGAGCCAAGAGAGACAAUAGACUGCCGAGCACACUGUAGCUUCAAUUUUUGACUAGCCGAUAUAAUACAUAAACACAAAAAACACAUACUCUUACAUGUACACGUACACACACGAACACGCGCACAUAAACGAGAGAAGAAUACACAUGUAUGUACAAAUAUAGAUAUAUAUAUAUAUAUACAUAUAUGUAUAUCUAUAUAUAUUAUAAAUAUUGUAUACACGCGAGAGAAAGGGAGAGAGAGAGAGAGAGAGAGAGAGAGAGAGAGAGAGAGAGAGAGAGAGAGAGAGAGAGAGAGAGAGAGAGAGAGAGAGAGAGAGAGAGAGAGAGAGAGAGAGAGUGUGUGUGUUUAGAUAAGGGUUGGGAGGGUAGACGCAUCGCGAAAGUAACGCGACGAGAAAAAGAGAGCCUAGGAGAACGAGAUAGAAGAUGUAAUUUGUUAAGGGAGAGAGAGAGAGCGAGAGACAAAGAAAUAGAGAGAGGCGCAAAUGAGAGGCUCGUGUAUUGUAAAAUUGAUCUGAGAUAACUAAACGAAACACCGAAAAGACCAAUUGAAAGAAUAAUAAUGUCUCAUAGAUCGAUCAAUCGAUCGAUCCACACGAUGAUCCAGUCUCUUGUUAUCUUUUACUCUUUUCUAUGAUUAUUUAGAAAUUACGGACGUGUGAAUUCAUUUAUAUGUAUAUAUAUACAUAUAUAUAUAUAUAUAUGAUGUAUGUGUAUAUAUAUAUAUAUAUUUAACGAUACGACGCGUGUAUAUACUUUAUCGAUGAUAAAUCGAUCUUGUUUCGAUCGUAGAUAAAGAUCAACGUGUUUCGAAUGAUCGAUCGUUAUGUCUCUUUCGAGAUCGCGCAUGUUUUUACGAAAGAGAUAGAAAGAGUAAGAAAAUUAAAAGAUUUUCGACGAUCUCAUGUACAUACACAAAUAAAUCUACAUGUGUAUUCCAUAUAUAAUAUAUAUAUAUAUAUAUAUAUAUAUGUUAUACACAUGUAAAGAUCAUAUAUAUAUAUAUAUAUAUAUAUAUAUAUAUAUAUAUAUAUAUAUACAUGAUCAACCUUAUAAGAUCGAUCGAUUUUUCCAGGGCCAUUUUAGGGCUAGGAUAUUUUCGAAGUAAUCGAGAUACAUGACAUUGUGAUCGAUAACUUUUAAUGUCAUUAUUAAGACGAUAAAUAUGAUCAAGAAAUGUGAACGUCGUGAAGUUAUUGAUUUUGGAAAGAGAAAUAAGAAAGGAGUAAAAGUUCACAAAUAAAUAAAUAAGCAAGUAAAUAAAAAAUAAAGAAGAAAAAAGAAAAAGAGACUGGAGAACUCGUGGUUGUUACUUCGAUAGAAAAUUAAUCGAACGAAUCCAUUUCGUAUGAGCCGAGAAACGAUGAGAGUAGAGGAUUGAUUUUUAAUGCCGACUCGAAUUCGAUUUUUUUCAAUUAAAUCCAUAGAACGUAAGCUUGUCGGCAAUAGAAAAUGAUACAAAACAAAACAAACAAACAAAAAAAAAAAGACAAAAAAAAAGAACCAAAAAAACAAAAAAAACGUACAAUUGUAUUUGAGAAUGAACGAGAGCCCCUUUUUCAUUCUCGUUGUCGUUUAGAAAUAAUCGUAGCCGAAGCAGCACGUUCGAACUGAAUAUUCGAAAAAUACGAGAUAUGUUAUACGUCUAAUCUUGUUCUAAUCUUAUCGUAAAAUCGUACGAAGACUUUGAUAUUACAGUCUUUUAACGAUUUUUUUAGGAAUUCAUCGAAAUUGUUAAAAUCGAUAAACGGCGAAUUAACAAUAUGUGAACGUCGACCGAUCAAAUUAUAAUUAGUUUCUAAGUAUUGUAUUUUAAUCACGAACACGGUCGAUCGACGAAAGAAAUAUAUACAUAAUUAUGUUAUAUAUUUCCAAAAAUUACAAAAGAUUCCUGUAAUAAUCAUCAAGUUUAUGACGUUUUAUCAUGAUCCAUGCGCGACUUGUUGCUUACGGUGAAAUUGAACUUCCGCUAUUGUUUCCUUUUCUAAUAUCUCAUUUCUUUUCUUUUUCAAUUUUUCUUUUUUCCCUUCCCUCCCAUUUUUCCUAUCGCUUGGGGAAAAAUUUUUCGACCGAUAUUAAAUCGUGAGACCAUUUGUCCGUUGUGUCGUUUCAAAAAAUUAAAAAAGCAAAAAAAAUAACAAAAAGAAAACUAGAUCACAAUCACGAAAAACACAUUACAACUUGAUGAUCUACGAUCGUAAAAAUCUGUAUUUUGCGAGAUUAACUUGGAAAGAGGUGAAAUCGUUCGGAAAAAAAAAAAAAAACAAAAAAUUAAAAAAAAAAAAAAAGGAAAAAGAAAAAAAUCAAGAAAAAAACAAUUACAUCGUUUAGUAGUAUGUUGGGAGACGUUAAAUUUUUUUUUCUUUUCCUUUUUUUUUCUUUUUUCUUUUUUUUUUUUUUUUUAUCAAACGAUCAUGGGAAAAAAUCAAUUUAAAGAGAACGAUCGGACGUGUUGGAUCACGAUAUAAGUACUACAUAUGUAUAUUCCAUUUAAAAUACACUGCCGAGAUGAAUAAUUGUGCGAGCGACCGGAAACAAAUAAAAAAGAAGAAGAAAAAAAAAGCAGAUUAGAAACGAGGUUACAAUAGAGAGAAUAGAAAAACGAAAAAGUUACUAGUAAAUAGUGGCUUUUUUGUUUCUGUUGUAAACGUGAUCUCUCGAAGGAAAUAUUUUCAAACGUUUGAUCAGCUAAGAAAGAAUAAAUAUGAAAACGAGCCGGACGCAUGAUGAUGAUGCAUAAUAAGAAAACGAUUAGUUUAUAAUGAUGAAUAAAUUAAUUAAUUGAUUGAUUGAUUGAUUGAUUGAUUGAUUGAUUGAUUGACUGAUUAAUUAAUUGAUUAAUUGAUUACUAAUAAUAACGAUAUAAAUAACGAUAAUUAUACGUUCUGAGUGUGAUUUUAGAUUUUAAGGAGUCUUACAUGAAGGAAUUCGUAGUUUCACAGGGAAAUAUAUCUUAAGGAAGUAAAGAAAAAAAAAUAAAUAAAUAAAAAAAGAAAGAAAGAGAGAAAACAAGGAAGGAAGAAAAAAGAAAGAAAGAAAGAAAGAAAGAAAGAAAGAAUGGAAGGGAAAAAAGAUAAACUAGAAAAGAAUAUCUAGAUAGACGUAUUUGUAUUUAGAACACUGUAGUAAGUGUUGUAUUGUGUCGCUCGUUUGACUCUUUUCUCUAUAUAUAUAUAUAUAUAUAUAUAUAUGUAUGUAUGUAUGUAUAUAUAUAUUCUUUUUUGUUUCUCUUUAUAUCUUUUAUUUUUCUUGGUUUCUUUAAUGAACAGGAAUCACAUGUGUUCUCUUUUUUACGCGAAUAAACUCGAAUUGAGUUUUAAUAUGAUUAGUGAAUAAUGAGAGAAAGAGUGAGUGUAUGUAUGUGUGUAUGUGUAUAUGUGAGAGAGAGAGAGAGAGAGAGAGAGAGAGAGAGAGAGAGAGAAAUACAUAGAUAGUCGUAAUUAAGUAAUUUAUCUAUCUUCUAAGUAUUUUUAAAUGAUGUUCCCGUAUUCGCAAGAGGGAAAGGAAUGCACGCGACCACUUUCAUUUCGUUAUUGCGUUAACGAAGUUUUAAAAAAAGGCAUAAGAUAAAAGAGGAAGAUUAAGAAGAAGGAGAUGGUGGGGAAUAAGGAGGAGAAAAAAGAAAAAUCGAAGAAAUAGAAAAAUCAUUGUACAGUAGCCGCGUUUGAGGUCGCGUGUAUCUUAAAGGAAUUAAUAAUAAUAAUGAUAAUGGUAAUGAUAAUGAUAAUGAUAAUGAUAAUGAUAAUGAUAAUAAUAAUAAAAAAUAAUUAGAAUUUUCAACAGAGCAUAUAGAGCGAAUGGUGAAAAAUAUUGAAGAAUAUUUGAAAUAAUACUUAAUCGUAAUUAAAUUUACCAAGCGUUCUUUACCAAGCGAACAUUGUAAUCGAUAUGUCAAAUUUUCGUAUCUCAGCGAUUAAUUCUUUUCUCGUAAUAGACAUAGAAAGUAAAAAAAAAAAAGGGAAAGAAAAGAAAAGAAAAGAAAUGAAAAGAAAAGAAGAGAAAAAAAGAACCAGAAAACGAAAAUAUAGAAAACGAUGGACCCGACCGUUUGAAAAAAUUCACACACAUCAUUUGUAUAUAAAUUCAUCAUAUUCAUCGUGUAAAUAGAUUUAUCUGAUAUAUAUCCCGUAGAUUGAUUGAUCCAUCGUAAUUAAAGACAAAACAAAUAAACGCUGUGCUACUGUUUCGUGUUAGUGAAACAUGUUUCGAGAGAAAGAGAGAUAGACAGAGAGAGAGAGAGAGAGAGAGAGAGAGCGCAUUAAUUAAUUAUCAUCGUUUCUAACAAUCUAUUCCAAUUAAUAAUAUCGUCUAAUCGUUAUUUUUCCUUUUUUUUUUUUUUGGAGAUCCAUACUUUAUUAUCUAAGUUCAAAAGGUCGUUCUGUAUGUUUAUAAUCGAAUCACGUUGAUUGCCAUCAAAGUUCAUGGUUACUUAUAGUUUUAAUUAUUUCUUUUUUUAACGAUAUACCUAUUCACGAUCAUCGUGAUUUAUCGAUCAUUCGAAUCAUCAUAUUUACAAAAUGCAAUUGCAUUUUUUUUCCUCAUCAACUUUUUUUAACGAGCACACUUACCUCGAUUAUAUUUAGAAACGACGAAAAUUCAAUGUUCGGAUAUAUUAUGCGUAUAAUAUUUUUUUGUUUGUUUUUUUCUCCUAAAGUAGCCAAGAAACUUCGUCCAAUAGAAAGGUUCGAUUAAACAACGUGUUAGUUACGACUCACUUAGCGAUUAUCUUUCAAAGUGAGAUAUGAACUAUUUGGGGGAUCUAUAGAACAUGGAUGUUGAACAAGAUUCUUGAGAACGUACGAAUAAAAGAGGUGAUCUUCGAAGAAAAAUCAUUGAUCUAUAAAUGGACUAACGUACAACAUUCCAUCCAUUUAUAUUUAUAUAUAUAUAUAUAUUUUUUUUUUCUUUUUAAUUUGCAAUCUCUAGACCAUCCUUAGCUUGCAAAAAAUUCUUAUUUUUUUUUUUUUUUUUUUUUUUUAUCUUCUUUUAACUUCUUUUAACUUAACAUUUUAAUCGAUCCUUUUCGAAGAUCAACUUCUAUCAUUCGUUGUCCUGAAUCAUCGUCCACGUAUCAUCCUCUCGAUAGUAAUAUUUAACAGUUCGAUAAAUAAAAGUAUUUUAGGAUCUACGAGUGAAAAUAAUCCUAUUCCCAUCUUCGAAGCUCAACAACGCUGUACUUGUUUAAUUUCUUUUUCUUAUAUCCACGUUAUUGGAAACGGAACGAGAGAAUACACGAAUGGAAAGAUUUACUUGCUGUUGAUUGAGGUCAGUAAAAAGACAAAAAAAAAACAAAGAAAAAAGAACUAUCACGAAGGCAAAGAACAAGAGAUAAACAAAUAAAUAAAUAAAUAAACAAACAAAAUCCUGAAAGAGUUAUAUCCUAGUAAGAUUUGUCGAAGUUUCGUGGACACUUUUUUCACAAUUUGCAAUUCAAUUAACGAAAUCGAGAAUGAAGUUAUAGACAUUUGAAAUAUAUAGUAACGUGAGAGAAUGUUGUGUAAAGUAUUGGUAUGCUUGUCCCCUCUGUAUGUAUGCGAUGAGAGAAUGAGAGAGAGAGAGAGAAAGAGAGAGAGAAAGAAUGAACGCGUGUAAUUAAUGUUUCCUAUUAAACGAGUUAGACGACGACGACGAUGAGUAUACUUAAAGAAGACACUGAUAAAAAAAAAAUACUUAGGCCAGUCUGUAGCUGAUAGGUCGAGGCAUUUAACACUGCACCACGAUUAAAAAAAGAAGAAAAGAAAAGAGUGAAAUAAGAAAGAAAGAAAGAGAGGGAGAGAGAGAGAGAUAGAAAAAGUAUUUUUUUGCUUUUAAUGUACGUAUAAAACUUAUAAUACGACGCAUACGUAAAAUUAUCUGUAUGUGUAAUACAAAGUGCAUUUAAUUCAAGCAAAUAAGAAAACGCCAGCACAUAUUAUGCACUGAAGACAGGCAGCAGGGAUAUUAGUGUUGGUUGUUGUUUACAUUUUUUUUUUUUUUUAUUUUCUUCCUUAACGUCGAACGUAAAAAUGAAAUGAAUAUAAAUUGUCAUAUAUAUAUACAUAUAUAUAUAUAUAUAUAUAUAUAUAUAUGUGUGUGUGUGUGUGUGUGUGCAUGUUUAUAAAUAUUAAUGGAAGCUAGGUGACGAUAAUUGUAAGAUUUCGUAAUCUACGGUUACACCGAAAUAAUAAUGAAGAUCUAAAAGAAAUAAUGACUUGUUCGUUAUGAAAAAUGGCCUGGCACGAAUUACACACACGUAUGCACAGAUUCGUUCUAAUUCGAAGAUAAAGAAUGAGGGAAAGAAGAAAGAUAAAAAGAAAGAGAGAGAGAGAGAGAGAGAGAGAAUAAAAAAUUGUGAUAAAAUCGAUGAAGAUUCUCUCUUGUCUCUUUGAUCAUGGUACAAUUCAAUUCGCUCAAUCGCAAUUUUUUCAUUUUGUUUGUUUCAUUUUUUUUCUUUUUUUCUUUUUUUUUUUAACUUUUUUUUUUUCUUUUUUUUUUCUUUUUUUUUUCAGUUGUUACCUCCUUUCGUUCUAUUUCAUUAACUAUUUUCUCGACGUAUUUAUGUAUGUAUGUUGUAUGUUUGUAUGUAAUAAGUAUCUAAGUAAGAAAUUUUUACAGAAAGAAGUAACGUUAUACUGGAUCACUAAGUAUUUGUAUGAAAUAAUCCUGUGGAUGCUAGUAAAAUGUACAUAAUCAAUCA